GUUUCAUGUACACGCAUGCAGAGCGUGCACCCAGCGCCGACGCAGCACAUGCUAGCGAGAGCAGUCAUCCACAUCAAGCUGAGCAAGCUCUUUCUCGUAGCAUCGGUCGUCUUCUCUUGCAGCAUUGUUUUCGCGCCGCUCAAGGCGUACUUGACCGAGCCACUGCCGUGGACGCUGCCACCAACUUUCAACACAUCGCUCAAAGCUCUAGCAAUGACGAUACCGCCUCGGUACAUCAAUGCGACAACAGGGGCCUACCACUACGACGCCACCUUCUUCGUCGAUGUGUACCGGUACACUGUGCCUUUAGUCAAUCGGACGUGCUUGGAGACGCUCGUGCACAUCGCCGCAAGCUCGUUCUUUGGUGCUGGCAUGCGUGACGCCAUCUGCAGUUUUGCGGCGUCAACGAACGACUCGAUGGUCUACUGCCAAGACAACUUGUUGUUCUCGACGCACAUUAGCUCCGCGUGUGUCUGGGGCGUCCGCCACGCCGGUGGCUUGGCGUUCUACUAUGCAACGAUACCGCGCUUCAACGUGGGUCAGGUCGUCGCCAAGCUACUCUUCCGCGUCAUCAUCACACUAUACGCCAGUGCACAGAUCUAUCGAAGCUACUACCGACACUACGCGUCGCUCUUCGAAACACUGCGCCACCACGGCGACGCCAAUGUGGUGCGCUACGUGGUCUACCUUGGCGAUCCCACGAGCGUCAUUCUCUCGGACGGGUUUGUUUCGAGCUGUUUUGUCAUCGACAUUUAUCUCAGCACAAACUGCGUCGUGGGCGGGAUUCUACGGCUCAGCCAAAUCGACGAUUUCGGUCAAUUAACCCUCGGCGCGCUCUACACGUCACGGCUCGUAUGGAUGGCCUUCUUUGGCAUGCGCUACAGCACGCUCGUCAUUAAGCGCCUUCGUUGGGAGCACCGCGUGAUUGGCCUCGACUCGACCCUUAUGAUGGCACUCGCAUUCUUUGCUUCCACCGGCAUCGUCUUGCUCGUGGCCAACACGCCGCUAAUGGUAUUUUAUCACUGGUGCAACGACGUGGGGGCUUCAAGCCCCGACACCGUUGAACUUGCGGUAUCAAUUGUCUACAUGACUCUCUGCAUCGCCUCAAUUCCGCUGCUCGUGGCCUACACGUGGGUCACUGCCAAUCGCUGGAGGGUUCUCAAGCGUGUGUCAACAACAAGAGUGUCCUCGCUACACCUGAGCCAAAGCUUCAAGCAACGCGUGCUCUUCUUCUGCGAGUUUUGCUUCAUGACAAUACCACCCGACAAGUUGCGUGGCGGCAGCCUGUACCGCUUCUGUGCACUCAACCCGCGUCUUCGCCGACUGCCCCUCGUAGGGUUUGAGAGUGCCGACUGUUUUGUCGACGCCUACGACGUCCAUGGCAAACUCCUCUAUCGCAUGCGUCUGAGCUUGAUCUCUGUGGCGCUCGGGACAGGUCGAGUGCUGAUCGAAGAUGCCGCAGGCAGUCUUCGACUACUACCUGGGAACGAACUGAACGGUUUUUGGUCGCUCGCUCUCACGACGACUUUGACGUCGAAGGAUGUGGUUGCUCGCAUACGACACGGUCGCUGUACGUCGCCCUGGCUGUUAUAAAUGAAUGACUCCUCGCAUGGUGGGGACGUCGUGAUCGCGAUAUGAACGUCGACACAAAAAUCAUAUAUUUGACAGACAAUGUGUACUUUGC